GAUGAUGACAAAGGGAGGGAGGAGAGAGAUGAGAGAGAGGGGAGAGAGGAGAGAGAGGAGGUGGUUUUUAGGCCUGCGCAGUCAGCCAAUGCCAUGGUCGGCAUCGCUAAGAAGGGGGGAGAGAGAGGAGAAGGUGGGUGCUAGGCUAGCCAUCGCAGGCAAAGGAAGGAACGCUCGCUCUUGGAAAGGAAGCCCAGGGGGGAAGACGGUCAUAACUGGGAAGCAGAAAGGGGAGGAGGAGGAGGGGGGGAGGGAGGAGGAAGAGGAGGAGGAGGAAGAGGAGGAGGAGGAGGAGGAGGAGGAGGAGGAGGCGGAAAACGAAGACCGGGCUUCUGUGCCUUUCGAUAGGCAAGUCCCGACAGUAGGAUCAGCCAAUCAUCGGAAUGGAGAUGAGAGAGGGAGGGGGAGAGGAGGAGGAGAAGGAGGACGGUCGCAACAGGCUGAGUCGGGGAGGAGGCGACAGGAGAAGCAGGAGAAGAAGAUGAGCACUGGAAUCAGCGAGAGAAGUUUCCCCUCCUCCUCCUCCUCCUCCUCCUGGUUAUCAUCAUCAUCCUCAUCAUCCUCAUCAUCCUCAUCCGAUUAUAAUGCUCCCAAGACCACCUCCUCCUCUCCCAACUUGAAUGGGGAUGCAGUCGGAGAACGAUCCUCAGCCGAGAAACGCGACUAUCGAGACGGGCGCACCACAGCCACGUCGUUUGCAUCAAGCUUGUCAAUCUGGUGUAGGAGAAGAGGUUAGACAUAAAGGGGGACCAUGUAACAUUAUCUCGAGCUGUAUCCCCGAAUAGUAGAGUGCGGGUACACCACGACAAAUGAAAAUGUAAUGAAUUC